AUGGCUUAGAACCAAAUAGUAGGAGCAAUUAAAAUUAAAGAUGGAUUAUUUAUAGGAGAUGAAUUUGCAUCAUAGGUUUAGUAUAGAAUUUAAAAAAGGAUCGAGAAUUUAUAAUAACAAAUAAAGUAACUCAUAUAAUUAAUUGUGCUGGCACAGAAGUACAAAAUAAAUGGACUUAGAUGGGUGCAAAGUAUUUAAAUUUUAAUUGGUUGGAAUAAGAUAAUGAAGUAUCAAUUAAAAUUUUGAUUUUUAGGUAUUAUUUGAUGAACGAGGUGAAAAUGUUAAUAAAAUAUUUACAUUCAUUGAAGAAUGUUUUCAAUAAGGGGAGAGUUGCUUGGUACAUUCAGUUAGAGGAUAGAGUAGAGCAUGUUGUGUGCUUGCUGCUUAUUUUAUGAAAAAGUUCGUUAAAUUAUUUAAAUUUUUUAGAUAUUCUUGGACAUUAUAUAAAACAUUAGAAUUUUUGAAUUCAAGACGUCCAGAUCUUGAAAUUCGAGCAUCAUUUUUUUAUUAACUAAACGCAUUGGAAAAUAAAAUGAAUAAAUUAGGAACUAAAAGAACUGCUUCAUGGAAUGAACUAACAUCAGAUGAAUAAAAUCCUUAGCAUGUUUAAGAAGAAUUGAUUAUUAGAAAUACUUUUUUGAAUUCUCACAAUGGUCCUGUUGAUGAAAUAUAUACUAAUUUAUAAGCUAAAUAGGUAUUAAGUUUAAUAAAUACAUAAAAGGGAGUCUUGGGAAAACUUACUAAUUAAAAGUUAAAAUGGAAAGAUCAACUGAAUAAAGAAAAUAUUUAAUUAGCAACUCUUGUUUAUUCAGGUUCUCCUGAUUUUGUGCCUGCUUCUGAAAUUAAUUUAAAACGUGAUUCUGAAACUUCUAUUUUAAAAGUAAAAUUAGAAUUUAAUUAGGGAGCAUAAAAAAACCAAUCCUAAAUCUAAUUACCUAAAUAACCCUAAAUCUAAACUAGUUUCCCAAAAAGUAAUUAAAAUGUAACUCAAGUGAGUAGUAAAUCGUAAUAGCAAGAUUAAACUGAAAUUACAAAUAAGUCUAAUAUAACUUCUGCUAAUUUAACGAGCAACCCUUCAUUUUAAAACUUAUUAAUGCAUUGUGCAGUAAAAAGUAGAACACCAUAACAAUAAUAAUAAUAAUAAUAAUAAUAAUAAUAAUAAUAAUAAUAAUAAUAAUAAUAAUAAUAAUAACAAUAAUAAUAAUAAAUAAGGAUUGAGUAGAAUAAUAAAAAAAAUUAAUUGAUUAAUAAUUUUGUUAAGAUUUCCGAUAAUCAAAUAUAAGAAUAAUAACCUUCAUUUGGAAAUAUUUUAAAUAAUAAUAAUUAAGUCUUAUAAAACAAUUCUACUGCAAUUAGAAGCAAUUCUUUGUAAUAAAAUGAAGAAAAAAAACUACCUGUAGAAGCUUAAAAUUAAAAUAGGCCAAGCUCUUUAAAAUAAAAAGAUAAUUAAAAUUCAAUCUUAACUAAUUUCUAGGAGUUUAAAAACUAAGUGUAAUAAUCUUUAAAUUAUUUUAAUAAAUAAACUGAAACACUUUUAAAUUUUGACAAAUAAUCAUAAUUAUCACAAGCAACAUAAUUAACAAAUUAAACAAAUAAUACAAUCUAAUAAAAAAGUAAAUUAGAUUAAUUAAUUAGUCCAACAUAAAUGUAAACAAUGAAUUCCACUAAGCAUUCAGAAAUUCAAAAAACACUCACUUAAUCCAUUUCCUAAUUAUAGUCUAGUUAUUAAAAAUUUUAGCAACUUUAGCAAAAAUCCUAAAUAAACCAAUCCUAAUCUUAAUCUUGCAUUUAAAAAUAAAAUAUUUAAAAAACUGAAUUAUGUUUGAUUAAUUAACCUGCUAUGAUAAAUUAAACAAGUUUAUAAGAUAGAAGUUAAUCUUUAAAAAGAAAUUAAGAAACAAUCGAAUCUAAACUCAGGCCUAAUAGUACUGAAAUAAAGGAUUCAUAACAAUCUAAUUACAUUUAAAAAAAAGAGAGUUUGUCACCCUUUUCAAAAGAUCCUAAUAAAAAAUAAUCUUAAUAAGGACCCCCUUUGCCAUAAUCUAGUUCUCAAAUAUACCUAAGAAAUGUUUAAUGUAGAAGAUAAGCAGCAUCUACAUUGAGGAACUAAUAAAAACCUAAUAAUUCAUAUUAAGAUAAAUACUUAAAUUAAAGUGCUAAUUAAGCUUAAAAUAACAGCUUUAAUAAUAAUAGUAAUUCUGCUAUUGAAACUGAUUAAAAGUAAUAAGCAAAAGGCAUAGUUACAGAUCUCAAUUAAUUUAAGAAAUUAAUAUCACCAUAAAAUUUAACAAAAAGUUAGGCAUAAUUUGUUAAGAAUUAACCAAUCAGAGUUUUAUAAGAAUUGACAGAUAAGACUCAUUCAUAAAAAUAUGUGUAAGAUAUUUUUUAAUAUUUUAAAGGAAAACCAAAGAUAAUGUAUCUUCAACAAGCUUUACAUUAGUCCAAAAACCUUCAACAGUAAAUAUAAGAACUUUUUCACCCGCUAUUAAAAGUAUUGAAUAUUUUUAAUUUAAGAUGAGACGAAAAGCAAAGCAAUUAAUGUUACUAGUGUAAGACACAAAAUUAGAAAUUCUUCUCCAGGUAUAAUAAUUUUAAUAUAUCUUUAGGAAUAACAAAGGAAUAGGAUUAAUCAAAUUCAUUUUAAAACUUAUAAUCAACUUUACAAGGAAAAAAUAGUUGGAAAAUGCUUUGA